AUGGUAUUCGACAGAGCCGGUGUCGUGUUCAUUUUCAACUUUCACGCGACAAACAGCUAUCCUGAUUACAGAGUCGGUGUUCCCGCAUCGGGGAAGUAUCCUUGAAUUACUGUAUUGGUGGGUUCCAUUAAGCGUCGAUACAGGGCAGUCAAGGAAAUCAAUUUUAUUUAUUUGCCUCCAAACACAAGACUACAAACGCGCAAGUUGUAACAAACCUGCAGCAGACUUGUAGCAAUGCUGUUCCAACAACUUUUCAACAGGAUGUGUUCGCACUGCUUGUUCCCAGCUUGUUGACAUGUUGUCAAAGGCUUGUUGGCAACUUGCUACAAGGUUGUUGAGCUCAACAGAUUUGUUACAAGUUUUUCCAACAACUUGUUAUCGCCCUGCAACUCAACAAUUUGUCAACAAGUUGUGAGUGACAACCUUGUAGCAACUUGACAAAAUGACAGCAUUGUUACAACUUGUUGACAAGCUUGCCACAAGCCUGUUGCGAACACAUCUUGUUGACAAGUUGUGGGAUUUCAGAUCCGCAGCUCUAUCGAUUCAAGUGCAUGGGCAGAACAUAAUUUUGUAUACCAACAUGCGAGUUAUUCCUCAAGAAAAGGACUAUUACAAGUUCUGAAGAACGUGAACAUUUUCCUUGAUAAAUACCUCCAGAUAUAAACUAGUUUUGGAUUCAGACGCCGAAGAAUUUGGUGGCCACAAGAGGAUUACUCCUGGUUGUGAAUACACCGUGGAUGAAAUGAGUUAUAAUGAUCGACCUUAUUCAACUUUGGUAGGAAAAAUAUCUGUAUUACCCUGGCUCUAAAUGGGUUUAAAUUUUCUAAACCUUUUGGUCUGAUAGCUGACAAAUGAUGAAACAGUAAUUUGGAACUGACAUCUUACAAAAUAUCUUAACUGAUAGCUGUCAAACGAUUAAACAGUAAUUUGGAUCUGACAUCUUACAAAAUAUCUUCACUGAUAGUUGACAAAUGAUGAAACAAUAAUUUGGAACUAACAUCUUACAAAAUAUCUUAACUGAUAGUUGACAAACGAUGGAACAGUAAUUUGGAACUGACAUCUUACAAAAUAUCUUAACUGAUAGCUGACAAACGAUGGAACAGUAAUUUGGAACUGACAUCUUACAAAAUAUCUUAACUGAUAGUUGACAAACGAUGAAAUGGUAGAACUGACAUCUUAUAAAAUAUUUUGUGUGCGGCAUUUGUCGUUUAUGACAUGUGUAUAUAAACAUUCUUGAUUUUGUCCUUUUAAAUUGCAGGUUUACAUUCCUUGUCGAACAGCACUGAUACUCGCCCAUGUGGAUUAA